UCUUCUUUUUUCCUUUAAGUUUCCGCUAAAGGGAGUCAGCUGAAAAAGGAAAAAAAGGAGAGGAGAUUACUCGUUUCGGAGUGAGGGAAACGCAGAUAAGACGAUUGAGCUUCUUCGUGAAAUCUUCUAUUUGCUUCGCAUUUGGUGGAUUGAUUCGGCUGGCAGUGGCAGCUCGGCUCGAUUAGGGUUUUUGGCUGGUCAGAUCCGCAGACAGAUCUCCCUUUUUCUAGGUUUGGAUGAGUCCAGUCGCCUCAAACACUAUGGAGGAGACGAAGCCUGAUAUUCCAGCUCCCGUCACUCCCUGCAACGAUGGCGCUCAAACCGAUUCCGCCGAAAUGCGCUUUUUGGAAUUUUGCAAGAGUAAAUUGGGUUCGGAUGAGAGAAAUUGCGCAGAAUCUUUGAAGCUGCUGAAAAAAACCAAACAUUUGCUGCUGACGAAUGCGUCCAUUAUUGGUAGUGGAACGGUGGAAGAAGCAGAACGUUAUUGGUUCGCUUUUGUAUUGUACACUGUUAGAAGGUUAAGUGAGAGAAAAGCAGAGGAUGAGCAAAAAGGAUCUGACGAGAACGAGUUCACUUUGGGCCAGAUAUUGAGAGUUACGGAACUUAACAUCAUCGAUUUUUUCAAAGAGCUUCCGCAAUUUGUUAUCAAGGCUGGGCCAAUCGUAAGUGGCAUAUACGGUGCUAACUGGGAGAGCAGGCUAGAGGCCAGAGAGAUGCAGACAAACUUUGUGCAUUUAUGCAUUUUGAGCAAGUACUACAAACGUGUAUAUGGCGAAUUCUUCCUUAUAAAAGAUGGAAAUGAUAAUACGAAGUCCGCCGUUUCAAGCACUUCUAACCCAGUGACUAUGUACCAACGUUUUGGUUGGUUGCUGUUUUUGGCGCUUCGAAUACAUGCCUUUAGCCGAUUUAAGGACCUUGUUUCUAGCACAAAUGGUUUGGUCUCUAUACUGGCUAUUCUGAUAAUACAUCUUCCUACCCGCUUCAGAAAUUUCAGUAUUUCUGACUCGUCACGAUUAGUUAAGAGAAGUGAGAAGGGGGUUGACCUAAUUGGAUCACUCUGUCAUAUUUAUGACACCUCAGAAGAUGAGAUCAAGAGAACACUGGAAAAAACCAAUAACGUGAUAGCAAAAAUUUUGGGGAGAACUCCGCGCCCAGCUUCAGAGUGCAAAGCGGAGAAUCUGGAGAAUAUUGACACAGAUGGUCUGAUCUACUUUGAGGAUCUCAUGGAGGAAGCAUCGUUGUCAUCCGUUUUAAGUGCUUUAGAAAAAGAUUAUGAAGAUGCAACUCGUAACAAGAAUGAAUUGGACGAGAGGGUGUUUAUAAAUGACGAGGACAGCUUGCUUGGAUCAGGAAGCUUGUCUGGGGGCGCCAUUAAUCUGCCUGGUGCCAAGAGGAAAUAUGACUCAUUUGCCUCCCCUGCAAAGACUAUUACAAGACCACUCUCUCCCAGCCGCUCUCCUGCAUCUCACGUCAAUGGUAUAAUUGGUGGUGGUAAUUUGAGGCUCACUGCUACUCCGGUGAGCACUGCUAUGACAACUGCCAAGUGGCUUCGGACUUUUGUGUCUCCACUCCCAUCAAAACCUUCAAUGGACCUACAGAGAUUUCUAGCAUCAUGCGAUAGGGAUGUGAGCAGUGACGUGAUACGUAGGGCCCUUAUAAUUUUGGAGGCUAUCUUUCCAAACAGUGCUAUCGGCGAGCGCACUGUAACUGGAGGCCUGCAAAGUGCUAAUCUCAUGGACAAUAUGUGGGCUGAGCAACGAAGGCUGGAAGCCCUUAAGCUGUACUAUCGGGUUCUAGAAGCUAUGUGUAGAGCAGAGGCACAAGUUUUACAUUCGAAUAAUUUGACCUCUUUAUUAACAAAUGAGAGGUUUCAUAGAUGUAUGCUUGCAUGUUCCGCUGAGUUGGUUCUUGCAACGCAUAAGACUGUGACGAUGUUGUUUCCUGCAGUGCUAGAGCGAACUGGUAUUACAGCUUUUGAUCUUAGUAAGGUGAUAGAGAGUUUUAUUAGACAUGAGGAAACUCUUCCAAGAGAAUUAAGAAGGCAUCUAAAUACAUUAGAAGAGCGACUUCUAGAGAGCAUGGUGUGGGAGAGAGGUUCCUCAAUGUACAAUUCCUUGGUAGUGGCAAGACCGGCUUUCUCUCCAGAGAUAAAUCGGCUAGGCUUGUUACCAGAACCAAUGCCAUCUUUGGAUGCCAUUGCCAUGCAUAUUAACUUUUCUUCCAGUGGGUUGCCUCAGUCACCGCUGCAAAAGCAUGAGACUUCUCCUGGUCAGAACGGGGAUAUCAGGUCUCCCAAGAGAGUUUGUACAGACUACCGGAGCGUAUUAGUUGAAAGAAACUCAUUCACUUCACCAGUAAAAGAUCGACUUUUAGCCUUAAGCAAUAUCAAGUCAAAGUUACCACCACCUCCACUUCAGUCUGCGUUUGCCAGUCCAACUCGACCACAUCCAGGAGGUGGAGGGGAAACUUGUGCGGAAACCGGGAUCAACAUAUUCUUUAGCAAGAUUACUAAGCUCGCCGCUGUCAGAAUUAAUGCCAUGCUUGAAAGGCUACAACUCUCUCAGCAGAUAAAGGAAAGCGUUUACUGCUUAUUUCAGCAAAUACUCAGUCAGCGAACUAAUCUCUUCUUUAAUCGGCAUAUUGAUCAAAUAAUACUCUGCUGUUUCUACGGUGUUGCAAAGAUCUCUCAAACAAACCUGACCUUUAGGGAGAUCAUUCACAACUAUAGGAAGCAACCCCAGUGCAAGCCCCAAGUGUUCCGCAGUGUGUUUGUUGAUUGGUCAUCAGCCCGGCGUAAUGGGAAAACGGGGAAUGAGCAUGUGGAUAUUAUCACUUUCUACAAUGAAAUAUUCAUUCCUUCUGUGAAGCCACUGCUCGUUGAACUUGGGCCUGCUGGAGCAAAUAAUAGAACAAACUGGGCUUCUGAAGUUGGCAAUAAAAAUGAUGCUCAAUGCCCCGGGUCACCUAAGAUAUCUCCUUUUCCAACACUCCCGGAUAUGUCCCCUAAGAAAGUAUCUGCAUCCCACAAUGUCUACGUAUCUCCACUGAGAUCAUCUAAGGAUUUAACAUUUUUACAUGGACAGGUACUGCGGUUGUAUUUUUUUCUUCUAAUUGGUCUGCUUUGUCUUGAUUGUGUGCAGAUGGAUGCUUCAAUUUCUCAUAGCUCGAAAAGCUAUUAUGCUUGUGUAGGAGAGAGCACCCAUGCCUAUCAAAGCCCUUCCAAAGAUCUUGUUGCCAUCAACAGCCGCCUGAAUGGUACCCGAAAAGUGAGAGGCACACUUAAUUUCGAUGACGUUGAUGCUGGCCUUGUUAGUGACUCUAUGGUGGCUAACAGCCUCUACCUUCAGAAUGGGAGCAGUAUGUCUUCAUCAACUGCUAAGUUAUCUGAGAAACCAGAAUCUCAAAGCUAAAUGAUUCCUAGUCCCAUUCCCAUGCAUGUAAAUUCCAGUUCUCUCGUUCCCCUCAACUAGCUUAAUCAGGAAGUGGAAGCGUGCAGUGUGUUAUAUGUAUAAUAGCUGCCCUUUCCUCAACUUCUGUCCAUGAGAUUGCUGCUAGAAAGUUACUUUAGUAGUUUAGUUUAAUAAAAUCUCAUAACCUUCACAGGGUAAAAUUAUAGCCUAUCUUUUCUUACUCAUAACAGAUCAAUCUAUUUUCCCGUGGUACUUUUUCUUGUUAAAAAUCACAGCUAUUGUGUUUGAUGCUUCGUGAUUUAGAGUAGAUGGCAUAUAAAACUUGGAUGGGCCAAUUAGGAACAUGGUGCAGUUUCAUCAUUUAACUUUGGCACUGAAUUGAUUCUA